AUGGCAGCCGCCACCGUCACUGCGAUCCUAAAUGUGGUGAUUGCUGGACUUGACGCAUUACCGGCAGCCAAGUUGCGAUACGUCACUCAUAUUAUCUACGCCCUCAUUGACGGUCUGAUCAAAACCUCCAUCUGUCUGCUAUAUCUGCGCUUGUUCCCGACUCUUCGAACCCUCAACUGGGGCACCAUCGCAGCCGUCGGUGCCAUGACCGUUGCCAUCAUUCUCGCGAUCAUCUUCCAAUGCUCACCGGUAGAUGCGGCCUACAACCCACAGAAGUACGAGCACUAUUCGUGUUUUGCAUCCAUCCCAUUUUGGUACGCCACGGCCGCCCUCUCCCUGGCAUUCUCGGUAGGUUCAUCCAUUGGCCUGCAAAUGGGUCGGACGAAGCAGUCGAUAGUGGUGGGUCUACUGUCCUUGGGGGCGUUUGCCUACCUUGCCAGUAUCGCUCGAAUGGUCUACAUUGUCAAACUCUAUCAGAGUACCGAUCCCAGCCGGAGCACCUUUGGUGUGUCCGUCUCAUCGGGCAUCGAAGUGGCCGUGGCGAUCAUCGCCGCCAGCCUGCCCAGCACCAAGCCGGUCAUGGAUCUCAUCUUCCCCCGCCUGUUCUCGACCACCGCGACUAGAUCUCAGGCUACGAGUCAGAGACCCUAUACCAAUCGGGCCUCGCGCACCAGCCGCAGUCACCGUCAGCAUAACGAGAUCUUCUUGGUCCAUUUGGCGACGAAGGAGGGGGAUUACGGGGAAAGUGACUCCACCACCACCAUUUCGUAUGCGUAAGGUAAAUGUUUAAAUUCCUCGCUCGAAUGAAGAGCAGUCUCUACCCAACAGCUGUCGUUACCAACCUAGCCCAAUGGUCUCAGCCGGAUUCCUGGUACCUAGUAAUCGAAACGAGUGGUCAUUCCCCACGAAUGCAAGUCGUAGCUUUCUACCCGGGAUAGUAGAUGGCCGGUUCCGGUCAAGCAUACACUAUCUCAUCUGCUAAUUAAAUGUCCACCCUUCACUUCAGAGCCACAUGUUCGUGAUAGUACCGGUGCGCUGCAUCCAUGAUAGCCUUGACCCGGGCCGCCGGUACCUUU